AUGUGGGGUGGGAUAAAGGUGCGAGCACAUCACGGCGAUGUCUUCCGUGGAUGGAGUGCUAGCCAAGGGCUGGAGAACGUGCGGCGCCAGUUGUACCGAGAGCCUCGGCCGUGGUACCUUGCAUGGUCUUUGCACCACCAUAAGCAUCUCCUGAGCGAUUACCACUGCGCUAGGCUGUUAGCAUGGUGUACAACUGUCAUGGAACUUGAGAAGCGACAGGCGGCAAAGCGUCAGGCAUACAUGUAUGCGCAACAAGUGUUUCAGUUUAUGGUGCACAGCCACAAAGUGGGAUCGGAGACGUAUCAAGAGUUCUUUAGGCUUUGUGCUACGGGACGCGACUUGACAACGGCCUUUCGUUGGCAGCAGUAUUUGGUGGAAACGGGGCAGCCAUUCCCUCUCUCUCACUAUACCUGGCUCUUGCGCAUUGCAGUCCUCUCCCCGAACGAUGAAAGCGCCGAAGAUAUGGCGGAGGCAGUGUGGGAGACCUACUUGGCCCGUUACUGUCACUUGGUGAAGCACGAGGUGACAGGUGACACCGCCACCUCGCACUUUCAACCCUCUACAGAAGAAGAAUCCCAUGAAUUGGAGGGACUAUUUAGGGCUUUUAAGCAACUUCGCCCCAAAAUAGCCCAUGGAGCGAAGCCCGAGCUUCUUGACUUCAUUGAUGGUCUUCCUGACGGCAGCUUGGACGCUGCUACAAGUGAUGCCUGGCCGACGGUCAGCCGUCAUCAUACGUUUCGUCAAUUAGAGGCAGGCGUUUCUUGGACUCCCCCAACUUUGUCACAUCCACACCUUCGGGAUUCACUCUUGCAUGAAAAUUUCAUAAAUGAUUUGGAGAAGGCCGCCUUUUCAAGUAAUGUGCAACGUGUUGUGGCACUUGUGAAUGAGUACUUGCAGCGUAUUUCGGCGGAGAAGAGCAGAACGAGUGGAGAAAAAUACCGGGCAGGUGAACGCGAUAUUUGGCAUCGCUACUCCGACCCCUCCGCGGCUGAUUUUCGAAAGCCGCUUGUCGAGGCAGGCGGUGUCACGGCAGAACUGUACCAUUACUUGAUUGUGGCACUUUCAACACGGCAGCCGACGCUGGCAUUGCGCACGCUCCGUCGCAUGGAAGAGCAGAAUCUUGGUGUGCUUGAUUUGACACGGGCGGUUAUGAUCGUGCGCUGUCAAGGUUCCCCCGCUGACCAACAGGCGCUUCUACAGGAACAGCUACAAGAAAUAGCGUUGAGGCAGAAAAUUGGUCAGGAUUAUGAUGUCACGAGAGAGGUUGAGCUCUUCUGGAAGUUCUCUUAUACCGACUUUCUUCAUUACCGUAACGCGUUGGGUAGGACGGACUUGUAUCGCAUUCUCAUGGAGGGGUUGGGCCCCGUUAGGGUUCAGGAACUGUUGACAGAAGCGCAGGUUCACGACUCAUGCACACCUGACGAUGUGGUUGUACUCGAUACUUCCUUUCGUGCCGCUGCCGCGGCGUAUUUUAGGGGUCUUUGUGGUCAGUUGAAUGUGAAUAGGGCGCUGGAUGCGAUCACGGCGAAGAUGCCUAAACUCGAUAUCAGUUUACUGGGUUCUAUGCCUCACUUUAGCGAUUACGCGCUGCCAAAGGAGGAUUUUGUCGCCACCGACGUCUUUGCGUUGCGAGGCAAGUUAGUGGGGUUUAAACGCAUCUACGUUUUAGAUUCCUCCUUUGUGGAGACAAGCGAACAAUUUCUCACUGUGGGGCAAACCUCUGACGUGGAGGAUGCCGGGUCCUCUCUCGUGCUCGUCCCGUAUUGUUGUUUGCAGCAGCUGGCUUUAACAAUUGAACAGGGGGAGUACAGUGUGACGUUUGACGAGGCCCUGCAAGCGGCCAACACGACUGAACCCUUUAUUGCCUCCAAUCGACUGCGAAGUCUGUUUGCCCUCCUACGGGACACGCACAAAACCAGACGCACUAGAGUCCUUCACUUCAGUGAAUGUCUUAUGGCGCAUUCAGUGGCAGCGUCACAGAUCAAGGCUCUAGGUCUUGAUCCUGCUGGCUCAGAUAACGAUCACUUGUUUUUGAUUCUUGCCAUGAUACGGGCGAUAGCGCCUGUGGAGGCUGAGGUGGUGCUUUGUACGGAUGAUGCCUCGCUUGUGAAGCUUUUCCAUGGGGACAAACUUACCUCUUUUUUCGCCGGAAAGAUUUGUAUUCUUUCAUCGCAGCCACCGCAGGAAGUGUUAAACAAUGAGGACGACCUCAUUGACGACAAUCCUGACCUCUGUAUAUCGAUGGACUUUGAGCCUAAACUACAGUCGUCCGCGCCUGUAGGGGAAAAUCACUGUGUUUCAGGGAUAAAUAGCUUGUUGCCUUUACAAACGCAGGUCUCCGAAGUGGACGCAGACGCCUUCGGUGCGGCGUGGCUCGAUAUGCUGGACGGGGAGGAGCAAAGCGGGAAGGCCUUGGAUGCGGUAAAUGAUACUCCGCACCCUCAGGAUGCGCUUUCAACGGGGGCAGUUGCGAGGCAAACGGGAAAUGCCUGUGGAAGGGAUGGGCCGGAUAACGACGACGAUUUGGGGGCUCGAGAACAUGAAAAGCUUAUGAACAUGUACGAAUCGGAGCAUGCCGUUGUACCGGUGGGCGCGUUAAUGGCGCAGGCGUCAUCCUUGGGUUCUAUGUUUGAGCAGUUUGACGUUCUCGGGCCCGAUGCUGAAAUGGACCGCGCCAUGGCGUCACCGGCGCCGCGGCAAACCUCCGGGAAGCCGAACGAAAGGCCUCGCAGACGAGCUCUAUUGGAAACGGAGGCAAUAAGAAAUCGUGGCGCAUCUAAUAAACAGCGUUUUCGCCUUGCAAAGCGUCUAAGUAACAUGUCGGGGGGACGCGUUCCGUUUAACUUCCGCUACAGGGUACUCGAGGUAAACAUAAGUGACCCGAAGAACAAAUCUUACAGGGAUGCCUACAAGGAAGGCGUGGCGAAGAAGCGAGAGAGUUUCAAAAGAAACUUCAACAAUCACUUUCUUGUUGGCGGUGGCUCACCGUAG